AUGUUAUUCAAUAAGACAUCGAAAGUUUUUGUAGGUAUUAUUAUAUUUCGUUUGCUCUCUUGGUUGAUCGUACGUACAUAUUUUAUUGCCGAUGAAUAUUGGCAAACUUUUGAAAUAGCUCAUUCACUUGCCUUUGGUUAUGGUUAUAAAACAUGGGAAUGGAAAUCAGAUAUUGCUAUACGAAGCUAUUUUUAUCCAUUUAUUAUUUCAUUAAUCUAUCGAAUUAUUGCUAUUUUUCAUCUUGACACUGUAUCGAUACUCGUGAAUGCAGCAACAUUAUUUCAAACAUUAUUGGCUAUUAUUGGUGAUUUAGCUUAUUUGAAAUUUCUGCAAGGUCAUAAAUUAAUAUUCUUAAUUCUUUUAUGUCGAUUUUCAUGCUGGUAUACAAUGUACUCAUCGCCAAGAUUAAUUAUUAAUAAUUUAGAAGAAAUACUUUUUAUUUGUAGUCUUGCUGCUGCUAAAAAUUUUCAAUCAUCAUCUAACAUGAUGUUUCAUGCACUUGUUUCAUUGUCAUUUAUCAUUCGUCCAACAUCUGCAAUUCCAUUUGUUAUUAUUUAUCCAUAUUUAUUAUAUAAAAGUUCUAGCCGAUUCAAAUUUCUAUUUCAAGCAUUCUUAUGUUUUAUUCUAUUAAAUAUGUUGAACAUUCUCUUAGACAGCUAUAUGUACAAUCGGUGGACAUUUGUCCCAUUAAAUUUUUUCUACAUAAACUUCCUUCAUCCAAAAUCAAUAUCAUCACAUUAUGGUAUAAAUAAUAUUUUAUGGUAUUUAACAAAUGGUCUUCCAAUGAUAUUUUUUUAUCGUUUACCAUUUAUAUUUGUUGGUUCUAUUGCUAAUAAACGUUUGACAUCAAUAAUUUUAUUUACAAUAUUUAUUUACACAUUAAAUACACAUAAAGAAUUUCGAUUUCUAACACAAAUUUUACCAAUAUUAUUCAUAUUAGAAGCACAUGGAAUAGAUCGAUGUUUAAAAAUAUUUAAAUGGAAUCGAUUUCGAUGGAUUAUAUUUGCAUCAUUUAUUGGACAAUUAAUGAUUGGAAUUUAUUUUUCAUUAAUUGAUCGGCAAGGACAAAUAUCAGUUAUGCAAUAUUUACGAACAAAUUUAAUUAGUAAUAAUAAAGAAAAUCUUGCAAUUGAUUUUCUUAUGCCAUGCCAUUCAACACCAUACUAUAGUUUUAUUCACCGAAAUGAUAUACAAUUAAAUUUUUUAACAUGUGAACCAAAUUUAGAUAGUAGAAACAAUGAUUAUAUGGAUGAAGCUGAUCAAUUCUUCUCACGACCUAUUGAAUCGUUAAAAAAACGAUUGAAUACUUAUAAUUCUAGUCAUUUAGUUAUGUUCGAUACAUUAUAUAAUCAAGUCAAAGAUGUAUUUGAAGAAGAUCAAUGGUUUUUUGUCAAAGAAAUUUUAUUCAAUUCUCAUAUUCAACAUACAUCAAGACACGGAAAAACAAUUUAUAUUCUUGAAAAACGAUGA